GUUGGGAAACAUCUCGAGAAGUGAGGCAGGAAGUUUGGUUGUGGGGCAGCUGAUCAGCAGGUCUACAUCAGCAGCAUGGGUGCCAGCCUGACCCUCUGCUGCUGUCACUACCACCUCAACUACAACAGAGGGGAGACAAAUGCAUUUUUGCGCAAGCACGCUGCCGAAGCUUCCAAGACUCCACGGCCCCCGUCCAGUGACUCGGGUAAUAGUGAUGCAGAGGAGGAAUGCCAUUGGGGGCCGCAGAAUACCACGGGGACGCCUCAGAGGAACCGGGGGACGAAUACGCACGGAGCCUCGUGCAUCAGGCGGGAAUCGGAUAGAGAGCUCCAGGCUUUCAUCAGCAUGAGAGAUCAGGUUGACAAAGCUACUGAGGAAUGGGAGAAGCUGAAUUAUGACAUCCACACUUUGCGCUACGCCCGUCGGGAAGUCAGAGCUCGAUGGAAGAAAAUCCUGCUACAGUUAGGUUAUCAGUCUGAGGUGGAUGCUCUGCUGUACGUCAACAAACAAAGUCGCCUCAAUCGAGACCAAGAGAGUCUGAGCAGAGCGACUGAACCGUUGACCAAGUUAUUGGACCACACGUCCUUGUUUCCUCCAGGAACUGGACAUAAGACCAGAUACCUCUACGUUAUGGACCGCCUGGUGUGUCUGGACAGCGCUGAAGACUUUGUCAGAUUGGCCACAGAAAAGUAUCCAAAGGCCGAGACACAGGAAGGCUGAAACGAAGCACAUUACCGAGCAUCCCUUGUAGUGUGUAGAUGCCAUCGUGGUUUUGAAUGUAAAGUGCAUCCAGAAAGUAUUCACAGCACGUAUUGUUAGGUUUUUAAAAUAAAAUAAAAAACAUUUUUAAAUACAUUUUUUGCAAAGUUAGAAAAACUAAGACACAAAUGAAUGUAUUACGUUUUGGAAUGUGGCUGUAACAUCACAAAAUGUGGAAAAAAUGAAGCCCUGUGAAUAAUUUCUGGAUGCACUGUAUGUGACUUUUGAUUGAUUGAUUGAUACUUUUAUUAGUAGAUUGCACAGUUCAGUACAUAUUCCGUACAAUUGACCACUAAAUGGUAACACCCGAAUAAGUUUUUCAACUUGUUUAAGUCGGGGUCCACGUUAAUCAAUUCAUGGUAAAUUUCAUGACAUGUGUUUAGAUGCCUGUAUAGUGCAAUGAAUCAGGUUACUGGUGUGUCAACAUGCUGUGGGUAUUGUUUUUUUUCUUGGCCCCUGGUGAAGGCGGUCGCAUUCCCUCCCUCUCUGUGCCCGCUUGCCUCUAUGGGUUGUCUUGCCUAUACUUUUAAGAGCCUCUUUUUCUGCGCUGUCCGCCGAAAUCUAAACAUCUCAACAUGGAAUUGAUAAGCCGGACUCUUGACUCAAGUGACAAAGUCGAGGAAAAGAGGUUCGGGGGAGUCUGGCGGCCCUGACGGAACGAUCGCUGCCGGGUACGUGUGAGACUUCGUAGGAGAGAUGGAGAAUCAAGUGUCUCUCAGUGCUUUCCGUCGAGGACGUGGAAGAUAUCUUUUUGGAACUGUGAUCGCAGGGUAUCUGCUGAUUGGGCUGGGUGUAUCGUCAACCUCGGAAGAAGAUGGCAGCCGUUUCAAGAAGCUCAAAGGCAUGGGCCGGGUUGUGGGAACGCAGACUGUGGCGAUUUCUGAACAGAACCGUAAGUUCAAUGCGAACAUUGAUCAAAUUGAGAGCCAGCAUGGACGAUGAGAUCAGACAGGCCAUUGAAAUGUCUGCUCGCUUGGAAAACAACAAUCCUUAUCGACGAUUCGACUCCCCCAAAUGGUCUUGACGCCACUCUCAACAAACAAAGGCUGUUCUGAAAACAUCCCCUGAAGGACGCCACAGUGAUAGCCAUUGUCACAUCGCUCCCUCCUCCAAUAACAACUGGGAGUUGAACAUUGCUCGUAACGCCUGCAGAAAGAGACUCCAGGCCUACAGACACAGCAAUACUCCACCCUGACCAGUGGGCAUAUGCACCACAACCCACGUGGUCUGUUGGAACACGAAGCAACGCCCUUGUGGCUGGCAGAGUCGGGCCGGAUGUCCGUCCUUAACCCCUCGCUGUAAGUCUCGAGUUGUAUGUUGUAAUAUGCGCUUUGCUAUUGACUCUUUUUCCCACUCCAGACUCUGAGAACAUCAUUCAAUCAAUCAAUCAAUGUUUAUUUAUAUAGCCCCAAAUCACAAAUGUCUCAAAGGACUGCACAAAUCAUUACGACUACAACAUCCUCGGAAGAACCCACAAAAGGGCAAGGAAAACUCACACCCAGUGGGCAGGGAGAAUUCACAUCCAGUGGGACGCCAGUGACAAUGCUGACUAUGAGAAACCUUGGAGAGGACCUCAGAUGUGGGCAACCCCCUCCCUCUAGGGGACCGAAAGCAAUGGAUGUCGAGCGGGUCUAACAUGAUACUGUGAAAGUUCAAUCCAUAGUGGCUCCAAGACAGCAGUGAGAGUCCCGUCCACAGGAAACCAUCUCAAGCGGAUCAGCAGCGUAGAGAUGUCCCCAACCGAUACAGGCGAGCGGUCCAUCCUGGGUCCCGACGAGCGGUCCAUCCUGGGUCUCGACUCUGGACAGUCAGUACUUCAUCCAUGGUCAUCGGACCGGACCCCCUCCACAAGGGAGGGGGGGACAUAGGAGAAAGAAAAGAAGCGGCAGAUCAACUGGUCUAAAAAGGAGGUCUAUUUAAAGGCUAGAGUAUACAGAUGAGUUUUAAGAUGAGACUUAAAUGCUUCUACUGAGGUAGCAUCUCGAACUGUUACCGGGAGGGCAUUCCAGAGUACAUGUUUUUUUAUACUCAUUCUCCCAUCAGCGUUUCAGUUCUGCAAUCCUGUAACAGUUUUUUGCUGAAAACAACAUUUUGAUGUACUUGGGCAAUGACAAUACAGAUCAAUCCAUUGCUCGUACCGUACGUAGGGUUGGGUAUCGAGUAUCGAUUGGAACCGGGACUAACUUUCCAAUUCUCCCGGAACCGUUCAAAAGUUUGAAUUUCGAUUCCUAGUUUCGAUACCCAGUCCGCCGACCGGAAAAAAAGAAUAAGUCCGCCGACGAACACCAACGAAGAAGCGCCCACCGCCGGAAGUGUUAAGGUAGCCGAGCCUAUGUAGCCGAGCGAGUCAGUCAAUCAUGGAUAGCGGGCGUCGACGUUCGAAAGUGUAGCUUUAUUUUACUAAAAAAAAAGAAAUAUCGGCCAAAUGUAACACGUGCGACAAGACUGUUUCGUGCUUAGGAGGGUGCACGUCGAACAUGAUGAAGCACCUCCGAGUUUAUGGAGUACAAAUAAAUGCGUCGAGGACGUUCUGGACACUAUCUGUCCAGAACGCUCACGCAUCCUGCCUGAGAAGGAGGACAUGGUCAUUUUCCUAAACAAGAACUGUCUCUGAUUUUAUACUGUACCUGCUGCUAAUCUGGACUGGGUUUUGGAAGUCGUUUCUUAUUGUUUAUUUGCUUUUCUGCACCAGGUUAGCCCAUCAGUGGGAGCACGGUAACAUGUUUAAGUACCUGCAGCAUCAUACACUUGUGUGUGGAAAUGUGUUUUUAUGAGGUUUUCAAAAAUAAAGCUCUCUUGAUGAACGUGUACCCCUGUGAAAAUGUACUCAUAAUUUAUAAUAUUUAUAUUCAAGGUCAUAUAUUUGAUAUUUAUAUUCUAGUUGAAACAGCCCUGUGAGGAAUUUAUAGUAAAGUUCAUAAAAAGUUAAUAGAAUUAAAAUUGAUGGAGAAUGUCAGACUAUUUAAUUCAGAAAGACUGUAGGUUAGCUAGCCCAUUUAAAAUAUCCUAAACUUUUUUUUGACCCUGAAUUUUUUUUUUUUUUUAAAGAAAGAAUCGGAAUCGAGAAUCGUCAGGAAUCGGAUUCGAAACAAAGAAUCGGAAUCGUUCGAAUUCAAACGAUACCCAACCCUAACCGUAAGUGAGGCAGGGGUUCGAGUUGAGGACGUUCUGUUCUUUAUGUGACUUUACACUAGGGCUGCGAAUCUUCGGGUGUCCCACGAUUCGAUUCAAUAUCGAUUCUUGGGGUCGCGAUUCGAUUAUAUAUCGAUUUUUUUCCGAUUCAACGCGAUUCUCGAUUCAAAAACGAUAUUUUUCAGAUUCAAAACGAUUCUGUAUUCAUUCAAUACAUAGGAUUUCAGCAGGAUCUACCCCAGUCUGCUGACAUGCUAGCAGAGUAGUAGAUUUUUUUAAAAAAAAGCUUUUAUAAUUGUAAAGGACAAUGUUUUAUCAACUGAUUGCAAUAAUGUAAAUUAGUUUUAACUAUUAAACGAACCAAAAAUA